CUCCUGCCCAGUCGCAGCCCCAGGGGCAUCCUCGCGGUUCCCUUUGGACGCGAAGGCCCCGCCAGCCCCCGAUCUCUCUCAAUCGAUCUGCUUACGAUCGGCGCUUCACUCGACGGACCAGGAGCGGCCGACAGCGAACAGCCUCCUGGAUCACUCCGACAAGCAGAUCGUGGUCAAAGCGCUACUCCGCAGGAAGCCUAUCCCCUUGCCUGCAACUCCUCGAGAUCUUGCUGUUCUGAGAGCGUCGUCCCGAUCAGAACCUGCGAGCACAAGUUACAUCAUGCUCCUUUCCUCCAAUGCCCAAGUCAUCCGUGUUGUUCCCCUUGGCGCCGGCCAAGACGUCGGUCGGAGCUGCGUUUUGGUGUCGAUCGGGACCAAAAACAUCAUGUUCGACUGCGGCAUGCAUAUGGGCUAUUCGGAAGGCGAUCCGAGACGAUAUCCCGAUUUUUCCUAUAUAUCCAGGACCAACCGAGCGGCGGACUACACGGCGCUGAUCGACUGCGUCAUUGUAUCGCAUUUCCACCUGGAUCAUUGCGGUGCUCUUCCGUUCUUCACCGAGACGUGCGGAUACGAUGGUCCUGUUUACAUGACCCAUCCCACCAAGGCCGUUUGCCCGGUGUUGCUCGAGGAUAUGCGGAAGAUUGCAGUGGAGCGGAAGGGCGAGAAAAACUUUUUUUCUGCACAAGACAUCAAGAAUUGUAUGAAGAGAGUCACCCCCAUCAAUCUGCAUGAAACCAUCCAGGUCAACGACGACAUCGAAAUCAAGGCCUACUAUGCAGGCCAUGUUCUGGGAGCCGCCAUGUUUCAUGUGCGGGUUGGCAGCCAAUCGGUCGUAUACACUGGGGACUACAAUAUGACUCCCGAUCGGCAUCUCGGCGCCGCCUGGAUCGAUCGAUGUCGGCCUGACGUGCUCAUUACCGAAACAACCUAUGCCACCACGAUCCGAGAUUCGAAGCGCGAGCGAGAGCAGUAUUUUCUCCAGAGCCUCCACGACUGCGUGCUCCGAGGAGGGAAGGUGCUCAUUCCGGUGUUUGCCUUGGGCCGGGCUCAAGAGCUUUGCAUCCUGGUUGAAGGAUACUGGGAGCAAAUGGGGCUUAAGGCGCCCGUCUACUUUUCUGGCGGCCUGACCGAGCGAGCCAACGAAUAUUACAAGCUCUUCAUCGGCUGGACCAAUCAAAAGAUUAAGCAGACCUUUGUCGAUCACAACAUGUUCGAUUUCAAGCACAUCAAGCCCUUUUCCAUGCAUCUCGCGGAGGAGCCCACUCCAAUGGUCGUAUUCACUACUCCGGGCAUGCUCCACGCUGGCACGUCGCUCGAGCUAUUCAAGAAAUGGUGCAGCAACCCUCUCAACAUGGUUAUCUUGCCGGGUUACUGUGUCGCCGGAACCGUCGGUGCAAAGGUUCUUGCGGGGGAGAAGCAGAUAAAGGUCGACAACUGGACCACGGUAGAGGUCAAGAUGGAGGUCAAGAAUCUGUCCUUUUCGGCCCAUGCCGAUGCAAAAGGGAUUCUGCAGCUCAUUAACAUGUGUGAAGCUCGAAACGUCCUUAUGGUUCACGGCGAGCGAUCCAAGAUGGAGGUUUUGAAGAAGCAGAUUCAGCAAGAGAUUCCGCAUGUGGGCUGCUUCAAUCCGGCAAAUGGUCAGAGCAUCAUCAUUCCGUCCAACAAGUUUGUGCCGGUCGAUUUAUCCAAAGGGCUGGCUGAUCGUUCACAAUUGGAGGCCGUCCCUGAUCUCGACAGCUUGCUGGGAGGACAGGGUCAGCCGAACUUGAAAGCCAUUCGACCCCGUGACAAGGGUACUCCUUUCCAAGGAAUCUUGUCGUGUAUUCCCGGCUCGGUCAUGAAGAUUGUGGACUUUUCAGAGGCCGAAAGCUCCUUAGGGCUCCGCAGCCUGAAGCUGGAAUGCGUCCUUAGGAAGGCAUUCGACCCACGCGCGAUACUUGCUGCCGAAUCCGAAUCCGAAUCCGAAUCCGAAUCCACCUCACUUGACAUCACCAAGAUAGUCCUGGGUCGCCUCUACGAGCGAAUCCGAGCUGAUUUAGCAUCAAAAGCCGCUCGGAUCGAGUGGGCAAAGGAUCAUAUCGUCGUUGGCAAGUCCAUUAGAGUGGCUGUCACUGGCCCGCCCUCAGCCGUCCUGCUGAGCUGGCUGCAUGGCGACGAGGUACUGGCAUCACGGCUGUGGAAUCUGAUCACGGCUGGUAUCAGCGAACUUGAAUGCCCGGCGUGAUUCUCUCCUGGUCCGAUUAGCUCUGGCGAACCUUGGAAACCGUCAUGAUCGACUCGCAUACCGGGACCAUGUUCCUGGUCACAUUGGUGUUGUGGUGGUGAAGUUCCGGAUCAUUGUGCAUUAACCCAAAGCACUGCAACACAAGCACACCUCGAUGGAUCUGUGCAGGCCACUCUCCCUUUGUGGCGAUCGACGCUAACUCCACAUGUGUGUUCUUGACCACAUCGCCGCUCUCCCAAAACGAAACGAGACACCUUGUUGAGCCCAGAUGGCGAUUUUUUUCUGGAUGUGAAUACACACCCCAUCCAUCGCCCACCA